AACCGCCCCGUUCCACCAGCUCAGUUGUAUUUUCGCUGCUACUGCCGUUCUUUGCCUUUCUGACCAACCUCUCAAAUCGGACCAAUUUGAGGAGCAAAUUUGGACGUCGCUUCUAACGUUACUGUGGGGGAAUAACAUCGCCUUGCUACAAGCAACAUAACAGUCCUUGACUGUCACAUACAUCCGGAUUUCUGCUUUCUCAGUCCACAAAAAUAUAUAAACUAUGGAUAGAGGGGAUCUUAUUCAGAAGGCCAAGCUGGCGGAGCAGGCUGAGCGCUACGACGACAUGGCAGAGAGCAUGAAGGGGGUUACAGAGAUGGGAGGCGAGCUGUCAAACGAGGAGAGGAACCUGCUGUCCGUCGCCUACAAAAACGUGGUCGGGGCGAGGCGGUCCGCAUGGAGGGUGAUGUCCAGUAUCGUAGUGAAGAACGAGGCGGGGUGCGAGAAGAAGCAGCAGAUGAUAAAGGAGUAUCGGGAGAAGGUGGAGAAGGAGCUGAAGGAAAUCUGCAACAACGUUUUGAAACUGCUGGAUGAUUAUUUAAUUAAAAACUCCACAAGUCCCGAGAGCACAGUGUUCUAUCUAAAGAUGAAGGGCGACUACUAUAGAUACCUCGCCGAGGUUGCAACUGGAGAUGAGAAAACAAAGACCGUUGAAAGCUCGCAGCAAGCAUACCAGGAAGCGUCUGACAUCAGCAAUGAAAAGAUGGACUCCACACAUCCCAUCCGCUUGGGCUUGGCGCUUAACUUCUCCGUCUUCUACUAUGAGAUCAAGAACUCCCCAGAAAAAGCCUGCGAAUUGGCUAAAAAGGUCUGCAGACUGUCUAAGAACUUCUUCCACCAGAAAUGA